AUGUCACCUCCCACCGGCGAUCGCAUCCUCUCGGGCCAGAACGUGCUCCUGCGCCUGCCCAGCGGUGUCCACAAGAUCGUGCGCGUCUCGGCAGACACGACAAUCUCGCUAGGAAAAUUCGGCACGUUCCCGUCCAACGCGCUGCUGCACAGACCCUACAAUCUCACCUACGACAUCCUCGACAACAAUGCUGGACUGCGCGUGGUGCCGGCCGCUGAGGUGACGCGCGAUAUUCUCGGGGGUGGCUUGCGCCAGGAGCAGGAGCAGGGUGUUGCCGACGAGACCCAUUACGACCUGAGUUAUGUUUCGCCCGCCUCCGGCUCCGCUACCCCCACGACGCCCGCCGGCGCCGUGGCUACUCCGACCGAAGAGGUGAUGCGCACAAACAGGCUGACGGUCGACACCCCCGACAGCCAGACAUUGAGUUGGGAGGAGAUUGAGGAGCUCAAGAAAACGGCCGGGAACUCGGGGAAGGACCUCAUCCAGAAGUUGUUGGCGGGGCACAGCGCUAUCGGCCAGAAGACGCCGUUCUCGCUGCAGAAAUACACCCUGCGCAAGGCAUCAAAGUUUCUGCGGAGGUUCUCGGUGCACAGGCUUACGGUGUCGUCGCUCACCGAUUACCUGCCUAUGCAGAAGGAGCCCUACAGGUUCCUGGAUAUGCGGAAUCACCAUCUGGGACUGAUGUUGUCGCUAGGAAACGUGGUCUACGGCGGUCGCUACUUGGUCGUCGACGAAACCGGCGGACUACUGGUGGCAGCCGUGGCCGAGCGUCUGGGAAUACUAAACGCACCUCCAUCGUCGACUCUUGCCGCCGCCGCCUCCGACGCCGAAGGCGAGGCCGAGCCCACAGAACCCGAGCAGAAGAAGCGCAAACUCGACGUUCCCCCGCCCGUCCGCAACACGAUAACCCUUGUGCACGCGAACGAGCAGCCCAACCUCUCCCUCCUCACCAACUUCGAUUACGACGCCAACAGCCCGCCAGCAACACACCCACUCUACACGCACCUCAAAACGCUAUCGUGGCUGCAACUCCUCGACCCGGAGAACGACACCUCGCUCUUGAAGCCGCCCACGUCGACGCCCGAAGAGCUCGCCGCACUCAAAUCCGGCAAGCGCUCCGCGUACUACCGCAAACUCCGGCGCUGGCAAAAGGUCUCUAGCGCGGUCGCCGACGCGCGCGAGGGCAACUUCGACGCCGUCCUUGUAGCCGCACACAUCUCGACGCCGGGCGUGCUCAAGGCGGUCGUCCCGCUCGUCAAAGGCAGCGGACAGGUGGUCGUCUACUCGCCCUCCCUCGAGCAAGCCACUGAGCUCGCGGACCUCUACAGCAGCGCCCGCAGGACCACCUGGAUCCAGCGGAAAAACGACGAAACGGCCACGCCUCCGGCCACCACCACCACCACUACCGCCACGGCCGAAGACGUCGCCGCGAAUUGGGACGAUGAAAUCCCCGACCCCACACUCGUCCUGGCGCCUACCGUCCACAGGCUGAAUAUGCGGCAGUACCAGGUGCUCCCCGGAAGAACACAUCCGGUCAUGACCUCGAGAGGCGGCGCGGAGGGAUACGUCUUCCAUGGCACGAGGGUGCUGCCCGUCGCUGGAAAGGUCGAUGCUAGGGGCGCGUAUGCGAGUCAGAAGAAGAAGCGGAGGGUCGAGGAGGAGGGGGAGGGGGAGAAGGAGGAGACAAGUAUGAAGGUCGAGUAG